AUGGCAACAGCAACGGCCACACUUACAAGGAUAUUGGCAAACAACUCAGGGAUCCGAAGUAGUCAGCGGAGGAUAAUUUCGAGUGUGGUUUCGUCAAUCCUUCGGUAUGGAGGGGUGGCCUGGAAUUCUGGUCUAAAUAUUCAGUGUAACCAGCAGAAGCUGAACAGUGUACAAAGGCGAAUGAAUGUGCGGGUCAUUAGUGCAUACCGCACCGUUUCGUUGGAGGCUGCAUGCGUUGUAGCAGGAGUCAUGCGCAUCUCGGUUUUGUUCGUGGAAGAAUUCUAUUACCACAAAAAUAGUGGCACGCAAAACGUGAGAAUACGAGCCAGAGAAAGCUCCAUGGCCAACAAGCAGCAACUGUGGAACAGCUCAGAAAGAGGAAGGUGGACCCAUCGUUUGAUCCCAAAUAUCAAGGAAAUGGAGAGCUAG